CUGCUCCAGGCAGAGUGAACCAGAGAGGACAUGACCCCCUGGAAGGGACAAAGGUGCAAGGUGAUGGGAAUACUCACCUCGAGGGCCGGGGUGGGGGAGGAUCUGGGGACAUCAGUAGAUGCCCCAAGAGGCGUCCAGCAGAGCAGAAGUGCGUUGGAGAAGCCUCAUGCUUAGGGACCACUAUGUAAUUUUUCAGCCUGGUGCAAACUGCAGAGACCCCACCAAGGGCAUUUUGAUUGAAAGUCAAUCUCCUCUUCCCAUGGGCCCAUGGGCCCAACCCACAGCUGACAGGUAACCCCAAAAGAUCUCACCUUUGUGCCAGAACAUGCUCAGUACCUGGAUUGGGGGCAGGCAGAGGUCCCCACUGAUUUCCAGCCCAGGGAGGGGUCGGCUGCCACCUUGUCCCACCCUAAGAUGCCUGGGGCCAAUCCAGCAAUCCCCAUUUCUGCUUGAGCAAUAUAGUGGAUCACAGGACCCCACACACCGUAGGCACUCAGGAGAAUGUUCUUUGAUGAAGGAAGGGUGCGUCUCCAUCACUCUCGAGGGCAGCUCAGUUGUGCUGUCUCCUGUUUCCCACACCCCUCCCUCUUGCACACGCUGACUGGUAGCCCUGGAAGAACCCUGGCUGGGCCACUAGGGCAGAGCCUGCCCACAGUUCCAUCUCUGCCAGGGCAACCAUAUGGCUUCUCUCUCUCCAUCCGCUCUCCCCCUCCCUGGCCUUAUCUUUCCCUUCCGUCUCCAUGGCGACUCACCACUUCGGCUUGCCUGCAUCCCAGCCUCUGCCAGGGAUUCUGUCAGGCUCCAUCCCUCCCUCCUCUGGAGCCCUGUUUCCCGCAGUCCUGUCUCCUCCCCCUGGGGUGAGGCCAGCCUCCUCUUUCCGGACUGUCACAUCUAUUUUCUGGCUCUGACAGAGUCGGCUCCUCUGGGGAGACCAUCCCCCACCCUCCCUCCACCCGCCCGGCUCCAGAGCCCUUCCAGGAGGAAGCCGUCCUUACUGCCUGCUGAAGGUCUCUUGGGCCUCCUCUCUCUCUCCUGGACCCCAUACCUAUGCCCAGGAGCCCAUGCCGAGGUCCGCCUUGUCAGUCGUUUCCUUCUGUCACUGGCUUGGCAAACAGGAGAGGAAACGGAGCUUCAUGGGAAACAGCAGCAACAGUUGGUCCCACACACCAUUCCCCAAGUUGGAGCUGAGCCUGGGGUCCCGGCCCGCGGCACCCCGGGAGCUUCCUGCCUGCUGCAUCUGCCUGGAGAGGCUGCAUGAGCCCAUUGCGCUGGACUGUGGCCAUGACUUCUGCACGCAGUGCUUCAGCACGCACCGCCUCCCAGGCUGCGGGCCACCCUGCUGCCCGGAGUGCCGGAAGAUAUGCAAGCAGAAGAAGGGGCUGCGGAGUCUGGGGGAGAAGAUGAAGCUCCUGCCACAGAGGCCGCUGCCCCCCGUGCUGCAGGAGUCUGGCGAGGGCAGCUGGCCGAGAGGAGGGGGGUCCCUGCAGGGGUUCAGAUGGGGUGCCAAUGGUCUCACCAAGGGCAUCUGGAUGUGGAGCCACCCCUUCCUGCUUGGGAAGGAGGGCAAGAAGGUGGCUGUGUUCCUGGUGGACUCGGGGGACACUAUGAGCCCUGAACUGAGCAGAGAAACCAGGACCAAGCUCUGUGCUCUCACCACGAUGCUGAGCUCCUACCAGAUCCUCAACACCUCCCAGGAGCUGAAAGAUACAGACUUGGAAUAUCUGGAGAUGUUUGUCCACGUGGCUGAGGUGAUGGGCCGGCAUUAUGGGAUGGUGCCAAUCCAGCACCUGGAUCUCUUAGUUCGAGACUCCUCCCACCCCAACAAGGCAGGGCAGCGACACCUGGGUGAUAUCAUCCAGCUCGGAGUUCUUCCCGUCACCUCCCAGAAAUCCUCUGGCAAGUACCCCAAGGUUCAGGAGCUGCUCCAGGGGAGGCGAGCCUGCUGUUACCUCCUGCCGGCUCUGGGGAGGCGGUGGGCGAGCAAAGGCCACGGAAGCCCGGGAGACGCAGAUGACGGGUUCCGCCACCUCCGCGCCUAUGUCGCCGAGGUGCUGAGUGCGGCCCCCCAGCACGCCAAGAGCCGCUGCCCGGGCUACUGGAGCGAGGGGCGCCCGGUGGCCAGGGGGGACCGGCGUCUGCUCACCGGGCAACAGUUAGCUCAGGAAAUCAAGAACCUCUCGGGCUGGAUGGGGAGGACGGGCGCCGGGUGUGCCUCUCCGGAUGAGAUGGCCGCCCAGCUGCACGACCUGAGGACCGCGGAAGCUGCCAAGAAGGAGUUUGAGGAGUUCGUGCGGCAGCAGGACGUGGCCACCAAGCGCAUAUUCUCCGCGCUCCGGGUGCUGCCCGACACCAUGCGGAACCUCCUCUCCACCCAGAAAGACGCCAUCCUGGCGCGCCACGGCGUGGCCCUGCGGUGCAAGGGCCGGGAGCAGACCCUCGAGGCCCUGGAGGCAGAGCUGCAGGCCGAGGCCAAGGUCUUCAUGGACUCGUACACCGUGCGCUUCUGCGGCCACCUGGCGGCUGUGGGGGGCGCCGUGGGUGCCGGGCUCAUGGGCCUGGCGGGGGGCGUAGUGGGCGCCGGUAUGGCAGCCGCGGCGCUGGCUGCUGAGGCCGGGAUGGUGGCAGCUGGUGCCGCGGUGGGGGCCACGGGGGCCGCCGUGGUCGGGGGCGGCGUAGGUGCUGGGCUGGCUGCCACAGUGGGCUGCCUGGAGAAGGAGGAGGACGAGAGGGUGCAGGAAGGGGACCGAGAGCCCCUGCUCCAGGAAGAGUGACAGCCCCCAGGAGACGGGAAGGCGGGGAGAGGUUCGAGGGGAGAGGGAAGGAAGUGGGGGAGCGGAGGCGUGGGAGCCAUGUUCCCAGGGUCCCCGUGUACCGCCCACCUGGAUGAACGAAUGCCCGGUGUCCUCGUGGCUGGCUGAGCUGGAGGAUGAAGGUGGCUCCAGGAAGCUGGGGAGGCCUCCUGGGGUGGAAGACAGUGUUUGGGGGCAGUGAAUAGAGUGUAAGGCCCGUUUCUGGCUGCAGCUGAUUGCUAACUUGCCAUUGUUCCCAGAUAAACGACCCAGGUCUCCCACCAGAGUGAGGCUCCACCUUCCCUGUCCUGGCUUACUCUCCUGGAUGACCCUGGGUUGUGGGAAGGCUGAGCACGUGCCAUUCUGGAAGUCUCCCUUGGGUGGAUUGGACAUCUGUCCCUUCACAGAUGGGAGAAGCCCCAGGUGGAGUGACCUCAGUCAGGGAUCUGGGAGCAUUGGUGAGGGGGUGGGGGGUACUGAGCAAAACCAAAGAGUGCGGGAAUGGUGAACAGUGGCCCAAUCCCCCUCGUGGAGAUGUGCCCCUACAACUCUUUUCAAAGCUGCCCCAGCAGGACAAAAGUGGCUACCCCUCCACGUCAGGAUGUCGCCUUGAAGCAGUCCCUGAAGGUGUCUGCAUGGUUGUGCCCUUUGUUAAGUCUGGUCAGACAGCGGGGUGCUCAUGUUCAUUGUGGAAUGCUUUCCCAGAAAACGGUUAAAUGCCAAAGAAAAGCACCUGGAAUUGAAUUCUGAGCUAGACCACACAGCGCUCAGAGCAGUCAGUGAAAGUCCUUCAAGGGACAGGGGAGCACCUUUCCUCCUGAACACCCGCCUCUUCCCUGAGCCUGUGAGAAGACCCCUCUGCUCUGAGUUAGCCAGAGAUCUGCGUGCAGCUGCCCACAGGGAGCCUGAGGGCUGUGUACCUCUCCUGGGGGCCAGGAAAGUCCCACUGGAAGACCUCUAGACUAUUAAACUGUAAAGGAUUAAUGGGCACAUUAUAUGAAAAAUAAAACGUAUGUGCUUGCA